AUGGCUGAAGUUCGUGAGCGAUACUGGAUACCUAGACUACGUCGCCUUGUGAAGCAGGUACGAAGCAAAUGUCAUGGAUGUGUGCGAUUCCGCGCUCGUGCGUAUCACAGACCACCGCCUGGACGACUACCAGUUACGCGAACGCAAGGAGAAACCCCAUUCCAAGUGAUAGGAGUCGACUUCGCUGGACUAAUCAAAUACAAAACAGCAGGAAAAGCGGAAAAGAAAGCGUAUCUGGUACUUUACGCGUGCAGCCUCACAAGAGCAGUUCAUUUGGAGCUGUUGAAAUCAUUGGAGGUUGUCCAAUUUCUGCCUAGCCUAAAAAGAUUGAUCGCUCGAAGGGGGAGACCACAAAUCAUAUACUCAGAUAAUGCCACUACGUUCAAGGCUGCGGCAAACUGGCUGAAAAAGGCAAUUGGAAAUGAGAUCAUAAACGGUUUCCUUACGGACAAGGAGAUCCAUUGGAGGUUUAACCUGAGUCGCGCACCCUGGUGGGGUGGACAGUUCGAGCGGUUGAUCGGGCUCUUUAAACGAUGUUUCUAUAAAAGUAUCGGGAACGGUAAUCUAACCUUUGAAGAAUUAUCAGACGUGAUCCUAGACAUAGAAGUUGUAAUGAACAAUCGACCGUUAACAUACGUUGAAGACGACGUAGAACAAACUGUUCUCACCCCCGCAAGAAUGUUGCAGAUAAAUCCAGUUAUCUUACCUGAAGUGGAAUCUUAUCACGUUGAGGACCACAGCCUUCGGAAGAGAGCGAAGUUUCUUCGUAGAUGCAAGGAUUUGUUGUGGAGACGGUGGUAUAGAGAAUACGUUCGUGGGCUAAGAGAUCGACACCGACAAGAUAAUGGGAAAAACGCAGAUCAUCCCAACCGUGGUGAUGCUGUUAUCAUCGAAGGAGAGGAGAAGAACAGAAAUUUAUGGAAGAUGGGCGUAGUCGAAGAGCUGAUUCGAGGGCGUGAUGACGUAGUACGGGGAGCAAAGAUCAGGACGCCAAAUGGAAUUCUUGACGUGCAAUACAGCAACUCUACCCGAUAG